CUCUGACGAUGAAGAAAAAGACCCCGCAUCGUUUGCAGGAAAGGACAGAUGUCGAGUUGCUGCUGAUGUCUGCUCCACCAGAAUAAACGAACCACUCCAGGAAAUGAGGAUGACUUGUGGCACAAAAGGCGUUAAAAUUGCUCCCAUUUUCCUGAACACAACACAGCACAGCAGCUGUGAUGGGAAGCUGGAUCAACUUAAAGAGAGGCUGCAGAAAUCAGAGCUCCCUCCUCACAGUAAAGAUGUGCAACAGCUGGAAAAUCACCGGCAGCGACUGUCGACAGUGUCCCACCUGACAAAGAGAAAGGGGUCCUGUAGAGACAAGCUUUCAGCCUCAGUUCUGCACUGUCAUCUGGAAAACAUCCAAACAUCUAACCCUGCAUUUCCAGUCCAAGCAGUGUUCAGCACUUUGCAGAAGAAAGCGAGUGAGGGUCUGCAUGCUUUCAGAUCUAAAGUAGAAAACGCCCCCAACCUCGGCUCCCUUCACUUAAAGGAGAAGAGAAAACGCAGGAAUGAAAGCUCAGAGAGGGUGCCCAAGCGUCUCAGGUCCGGUGUCACAGCAGAGGGUGCUGCUGGUACGGAUCACUGUCAAACACCGCCGCACAGUGUCCAGGAAAGUCCUGUCCUGGCGGGGAAGAAGCAGUCCAGAAUCAACAGGCUAAGUCGCACACACAGACUAAAGCAGCGAAGUGGACGCCAACCAGGCCUGGUGAAUACCAGUGAACUGAAUUCUGGACUAAUAACCCAAUGUGACAGUAAGACACUCAAAAUCUCUGACAGUCCCCAAACAGAUUCAAGUUAUGACGAUGUUCUCUGGGCAGACAAGUACAGUCCUCAGCACGCACGUGAAGUCAUAGGCAACUCUGUGUCUGUGAGUAAACUGCAAAGUUGGUUGAAGAAAUGGAAACUGAGGGCUGACUGCGAGGAAAGGAGGAAACUGGAGGAAAGAAAACGAGAAGAAAACAGCAAUGGCUCAUGGGACCGUGGAGACUUCCUGGGUGAAGCCGGGGCAGAGGAGGAGGAGCCGCUGUGUAACACGAUGCUUAUACGAGGACCUCCAGGUGUGGGCAAGACGGCUUCAGUGUAUGCCUGUGCCCAGGAGCUCGGCUUCAAGGUAUUUGAGGUGAACUCUUCCUCACAGCGGAGUGGACACCGUGUUCUGUCCCAGCUGAAGGAAGCUACCCAGUCCCACCUAGUGGAGAUGUCGGGGAAAGACCCUCUGAAGCCAGCUUACUUCAGCAACUACAGCGGCACUUUAAAAGCUGACACUUUACCUGGAAAAACAGUGACUUCAAAAAGUGUCACCUCCUCCUCAAAAACGAGAGCAGCGCAGAGCUUCGGCCGCUCCGCUCGCAAAAGAAAAGCUAACCCAGCCACAGUCAGUUUGGCCAACUACUUUAAGAUGAAGAACAGAGCGGAUCUCUUGCACUCUGGUGGCCUGUCGCCAUCUGAAAAAACAGACGGCAAGAAACCAGGCAACCAAACAACAGGCUGUGAUCACAGAGUGCCACAGAAGAAGAAAACGGCCACAUCACUCAUUCUGUUUGAGGAGGUUGAUGUCAUAUUUGAUGAUGACGUUGGCUUCCUCGCCGCCAUCAAGACUUUCAUGUCAACCACUAAAAGACCAGUUAUUCUGACCGCCAAUGACCCUUCAUUCAGAGAAAGAUUCAGCUGCUGCAUGGAAGACGUCAUUUACAAAGCUCCAUCAGAGGUGAACGUGUGCAGCUACCUACAGCUGGUGGCUUUGGCUGAGAAUGUGCAUCUGCAGUCUGACGAUGCAAGCGGCCUCCUCGGGCUGUCCAGAGGUGACGUCAGACGCAGCCUGCUGCAGCUGCAGCUGUGGGUGAAGAGCGGUGGAGGACUGGUAUCUAAAGGUGGAGGCCUGCCUAAGGAGCCUGAUUAUGUAAAGUACUCGAGAGUUGCUGAAAGGGGGAACAACUUAGGCUCCCAACUUCCUCAAUGUGACACAGGCUGCACUGCUAGCAUGCUGGGUCUCCACUCUGCAACACCUGGAAAACUACAAAACCUUUUACAGUGUCAGUUCUGGUCUGAAGUAGACAUGAAUGAGCUCCUGAGGCUGCUAGCUGAGAGCUGGAGAAGAGCUGUGCCUUUUCUGUACUCCAACAUGGAGCUCCUUCUACUCAGCCCCAACAUGGAAACUUCAGUCUGUUCCCUCGACAACGGACCUAGUCCUGGGCUGCAGAGUGAGGUGGCACCCUCUGACAGUCGUCCUCACAUCCUGCAGCUGGACGAAGAUGUCAGUCCGAAGGCGUCAGCCACAGACAGAAAACCGUGCAGAACUACCUCGAGGCUGAGCAGAAGGAAAUAUACAACACCAGUGUUUGACAAAACGUCGUCUGCCAAAGUGGAGAAAACGGCCCCAAGAGUUUCAUCACUGUCACAGAGAGCUCAUCGAACAGCCCAAAGUUCAGGAGAGAAAACUGAAAAACCUGCAGCCAAUUUGGUGACCGACUGUUUGGACAACUUGACCGACUUUUUUGAUCUCAUGUCAUACAUCGAUGCCACGAUUCCUGCUGCCGUGCCUGUUGUCUCAGGCUCGUGCAAACCCGAGGCGUUUGUCUGGACAGGAGCCGAGAUUAAGGACGGCUUGUUGGAUGAGAUGAGGGAGGAGGAGGAGGAGGAGGGGGGCAGGAGCUGGAGCCAGGAGAUGCUGUUGGAUUUUCAGGCUGCUGUUGAGGGCUUGGGGUCUCACAGGUGUUGUUGUUGUUGGCAGUCUAAGGUGUGGCGCGAAGCCCAAAAACAUAGACAGGAACUGGGAGACACAGAGUGGAGGAGGCUGCUGGAGAGGCUGACACCACCUGUCUCAUUGAACAGACACGGCCUAAGCUUUACUCUUCAACCUCUGUGUGCACCAAGUGUGUCCCAAAGGAGGUACGAGCUGAGCAGAAAGGUGCAGUGUAGUAAGUCCUUCAGCCUGCUGGGGAACAGGAGAGCUGUCAGUGUCGACUACCUGCCCGUCCUUCGCUUCAUCUGUCGCUUUCAGAGAGCACAGCAACACACAGAGAAGCCACCCAGGUGCCCGAACUACCUCAACAGCAGCCGCCUGGGCCUCUCGAAGUCGACCAUUCAACUCCUGGCUGAAGAUUUUUCGUAGAGAAAAGUACAGCCUCACGUCCUCACUGUACUCAGUAUUUAUUUAUUGUGCAUUUAUUUGACCUGAAAACUGUCUUUGCCCAAGACGGAGAAUCGCCUUUUUACAUGUAUGUGCGACUGUAAAAAUUAAAUAAAAAAAUCUAUUUUUAUAAUU